CUUUUCUCUCAUUCAAUUCAAAGCAAAGUCAUUAUCUUCCCAACACUAUUUUUCUCCGUUUCAUCUUCUCCUUGGGGUUUUACGUUUUGCUCUGUUCUGCUUCGUUUUCUUUUGGUGUUUGGUUUGAUUGGAUCGAUCAUGUCGAAGAACAUUCUGGUGACCGGUGGAGCCGGUUAUAUAGGAAGCCACACAGUGUUGCAGCUGCUUUUAGGCGGAUACAAAGUGGUCGUCGCUGAUAAUCUGGAUAAUUCAUCGGCCGUUGCUAUCAAAAGAGUCGAGGAACUCGCCGGUGAAUUCGGCAGAAAUCUUUCUUUUCGCCAGGUGGACCUUCGGGACAGAUCUGCAGUCGAAAAGUUAUUUGCUGAGAUAAAGUUUGAUGCUGUGAUUCACUUCGCUGGACUAAAAGCAGUUGGUGAAAGCGUAGAGAAACCAUUACUCUAUUAUGACAACAAUCUCAUUGGGACAAUCACCCUGUUGGAAGUCAUGGCUGCUUAUGGAUGUAAAAAUCUUGUGUUUUCAUCGUCUGCUACUGUUUAUGGCUGGCCAAAGGAGGUUCCAUGUACAGAAGAGUUCCCCCUGGCUGCUGUCAAUCCAUAUGGACGAACCAAGCUUUUCAUUGAAGAAAUUUGUCAUGACGUCCAACGUUCGGAUCCUGAAUGGAAGAUCAUACUUCUAAGAUAUUUUAAUCCAGUUGGCGCACAUCCUAGUGGCCAUAUUGGUGAGGAUCCCAGGGGUAUUCCAAACAAUCUCAUGCCUUUUGUUCAACAAGUCGCCGUCGGGAGGCGACCAGCAUUGACAGUGUUUGGAAAUGAUUAUUCAACAAAGGAUGGUACCGGGGUACGCGAUUAUAUACACGUCGUCGAUUUAGCAGAUGGCCACAUUGCUGCACUACGCAAAUUAUCUGAUCCAAAUAUAGGUUGUGAGGUCUACAACUUAGGAACAGGUAAAGGAACGUCAGUUUUGGAGAUGGUUGCUGCCUUUGAAAAGGCGUCCGGGAAGAAUAUACCUAUCGUGAUGGCUGGACGUCGACCUGGUGAUGCUGAAAUCGUGUAUGCUUCGACCGAAAAGGCAGAGCGCGAAUUGAAUUGGAGGGCGAAAUACGGCAUCGAAGAAAUGUGCAGGGAUCAGUGGAACUGGGCCAGCAAGAAUCCUUAUGGAUACGGAUCUCCGGAGUGAAACCGAGAGCCGAAUACGCAGUGUUAAUCGUCAAACUACCAUUCUUAUAAAGGCACUGAUGAUACUAGAUUCUUUUGUUUUAUUAUUGACAGAAAUAUAGGGUGAUUAAGAUGAGAAUGAACUUAUGACUUAUAGUUUAGGGUUGCUUCAAUUUCUCAGAAGCUUUGUAUUAUACAUUACCAGCCAUACUCUGUGGUUGUUAUAGCUACACGAGUAAAUUGUCAUAUGAACAUGAACUACAGAUACGUUUAAUGAAAAUACCUUCAUUUUAAUCUUCUAUUAUA